AUGCUAAGUGGAAAGAAGCUGGUGGAGAUGGCCAGGAAGUGGCAGAAGAUGGCUUCUAGGGGGCGAAGAAUUGCAGAUGGUGAUGCCGAAAGCGGUUGCAUCGGCGGCGGCAGAGCCGCAGGAAUUGCAGACAAGGGCCAUUUCGUGGUGUAUGCGGCCGACGGCAAGAGGUUCAUGCUUCCCCUGGCUUACCUCCAUAGCCCUGUUUUCCAGGAGCUGCUCAACAUGGCCGAGGAAGAGUUCGGUUUGAGCAUCAAUGGUGCAAUUAAAUUUCCCUGUGAUGCCGCCGUCAUCGACUACGCCAUGUCGCUUGUGCGCGGAAACGUGCCAAGGGAGGUCGAGAACGCGUUGAUGGUGUCUCUGAGUAGCAGUAACAGCAGGUGCUACUCCUCCUCUGGCCUGUCCCGAGGGCACCUCUGCCACCACACGCCGCUUCAUGGAUUCUGA